AUGGCAGCGACCGACGACUUCGACCCCGAAUACGAUCCCGAACCGCAUCGCAUCCUCCUCCCAUCGCUCUCGGACAGCCCUACUGUCCACUCUGCUUGCUGUCUCGCACUCAGCACCCCGCUCCUCGCCCAUCUCGCGUCCCUCUUCCCACCCGCACCACGCCUCAUCCUCUCCAUAGGCUCUGGCUAUGGCCUCCUCGAAGCGCUCCUCCUCGCUCCACCCUACCGCUUCAAUAUCAUCGGCGUAGAAGUCCAGCCCAGCUCAAACACACACCUACCACGCACGCAUCACCGUGUGGUGGCUGGCUCGCGGUUCUUGGAACCGCUCGCGGCGGAGGCGGAAGCCUGGAUGUUUGUGUAUCCGCGACGGGUGGGCCUGGUCGAGGAGUAUCUGCACGAGUACGGAGCACGCAAGCUCAGGGUCGUGGUAUGGGUCGGACCCACCGCGGAUUGGGAGGACUACAAGGGCGUGUUUGGUGGGUGGGAAGUUAAUGUUCAGGGAGCGGAUAAGGUGGGCGGAAGAGCGUGGGAGAUUGUUGCCGUCGCGAGGAAGGAUACGAUGGCGAGUGAGCAGAGUGUGGCGUGA